UUACACAGUGACUUCAGUUGCAGAAUCAUGGCCCGAGAGGUUUGGAGAAACCUUAACACAACCCCCUCUCCUUGCCAACCUAUAGGAACUGUGGGGAUGUUGGACUCGGCGAUGAUCCACUGGAGGACAAGCGGAGGCGACCUCUCCAGAGCCAUGGACACGAUGUCUUCGGGAGAAAACAUCCUGGAGACGAUAUUCUCCUUCCAGCCGGAGCAGGUUGAGGUGUUCGUGAACACAGAAGGAGCCCGGGCGGAGGACGUGUCGCUGCGGAUGUGCCCCGAGGACGGAGGGUUCGAGCUGUCGGUGGCGCACAGGGAGGAGGGAACGACGGCCAGCGCCCGGAGGGAGGUGCGGCGGCUCUAUAACUUCCAGCGGCCGCUCUACUGGAACAGGGCCGUGGCCAACGUGACUCCAGAGGGGGUGCUCCACCUGGUGGUACCCGGCCCCGUCCUCCAGUCCCAGCCCCAGCCCUUCCCCAUCGACCCCUGCUUCUGAAUAAACGUGAUUGUACCCAGUCAAAAAGAUAAUAUGCAGAGGAAUUAACGACCAAACAUAUAAAAACAAGUACAAAAGUGACCGCAU